UUUUAGAACUGAUAAUAAAAGGCUUGACAGUUUUCUAACUGAAUCAAAUCUAUAAUUUGUAAUGAAAGAUUUUUUUUACUUCUUCAAAGUCUGCUGUGAACACAUUCCAAUAACCUAAAACAUUACUGAAGAAAUUUGACAUAAAGGUAAAGAAAUUAGAUUAGAAAUGGUGAAGGCACUGAAAGAUUUAUGUUUAUCAUGUGUUAUGAACAAUCUAGAAAAAUUCCCCAAAUUACAAUCCCAGCUACCUUCAAAAUACAAAGAAUUACUGAUAGAAAGAUUAGCUGAUCAUGAUUUAUUUACACCACACUAUGUUCCUCAUAUCAUCAAUAAUAUUUUCUCAGCUAACCUUAGAACUAUAGUCCUGUAUGAAUGUCAACAGAUUACGGAUGACAUUUUGAUCAAACUGUCUAGAAGUCAGUGUAAAUUAGAAGUUUUAAAAAUACAUGGAUGUCAUUCUUUAACAGAUUCAGGUAUAGAAGCAAUCACAACAAAUCAAGAUGAAUUAGAAUCAUUAGAGUUACGUAGAUUAACUAAAAUUUCUUCAAAUUCUUUAAGAAAGAUCAAAUCUGAGAAGUUAUGGAGAGUUGAUUUAAAAGGAUGUUCAUCUAUUAAAACAGAAGGAAUUGAUAUACUAACAAAGAACAAUAGAAAUAUUAAGGUAUUGAUAUUAGGUAAUAAAACUGGUGUAGAUAUAUCCGUUUAUCAACAUGUAGCUGAAAAUCUUCAACAUUCUUUGGAAGAAUUUAAUGCUUAUUUACAUGCAACAACCUCAGAAUGUCUAUAUCAUUUAUCUGAAUAUUGCUCAAAUCUUAAAAAAUUAAACCUCGAAGGCUGUACAUUGAUUGAUAAAGAUGGUUUGAUAAAGUUAUUUCAAGGCUGUACAAAACUGGUUGAUCUGGACUUAUCCUAUUGUAAUAAAUUACGAGAUUAUCCAGACAAUGAAGCAUUUUGGAUAUUACCUCAAGGAUUAACAGACCUAACACUGUGUGGUGUUAUGCUGGAAAAUGAAACAAUAUUUGUUGAGUGUUUACAACGAUUGCCAAAAUUAAGAUCUAUACAUUUAUGUGGUGUUACUGCUUUAAAUGACAAUACUUUAACACAGAUAUUAGAAAAAAUUGGUAAAGAUUUAACAACACUAGAUGUAAGUGGAUAUGGAGGUUUUACUAAGAACUUAACAGAUGCUGGUAUUAAAUCUGUUAGCAAAUACUGUUAUAGUUUACAGAACUUAAAGAUUAGCUUACUAGCUGAUGUUACCUGUAUCACAUUAUUACCAUUACUAAAAGACAGACAGAGAGCUUGUCAAAUACAGAAACUCUCCAUUAAUUGUAAACUAACUACUUUAGAUGUAUUAUAUCAAGUAGCUAGAAGUUGUGAGAACUUAUUAAAGUAUGAUUUAGGUGGUGUAUCAGGAGUAACUAAUGAUAUUAUAUUCUUAUUAGUUACUACUUGUACUAAAUUAACACAUAUUAGUCUUAAAGGUUGUAGAUUGAUCACUGAUUGUGCCUUAAUAGAACUAGCUAGAUGUUGUCCAUUAAAGAGUUUGGUGUUAUCAGGAAUUAACAAUCUAACCGAUGCCAGUAUAUUUGCUCUAGCUAAUAGUUGUCACCAGUUAGAAGAAAUAUAUCUUAAUGGAUGUUCACAUGUGUCUUCAGUAGCAGUACAUUACCUUAUUGAUUGCUGUAUAAAGAGACUCUAUGUACAGCAUGCAACACCUAAUGCGCAACCAUAUCAACUUAUGGCUAAAAAUUUAGAUACCGGUGAAUUCUGUAGAGCUGAUUUACUACAAGUGUCAUAA